GCGCGUUUCCCGGUGUGAACAUCACAAAUAUAGGUUAGGCAUUGUUGAGAAGUAGAACAUCAUUUUCUUUUUAAGUUUAUUCCUAAUUUUAUAUAGUUUUUCUCGUUAAUUCAACGAAUAUGAAGUGCUCUAUUCCUGAAAUUUCGUGGCAUAAUCGGGACCCAGUGUUAAGUGUCGACGUGCAGAUUGGAAACUUUAAAAAUUCUGCACAAGAUUCUUAUUGGAGAAUUGUCACUGCAGGAGCCGAUUCUCAUGUCUUGAUUUGGCAUUUAUUAGUAAAUGACACUGGUGGAGCGACAGUUUCAUGUGUAGCAGAUUUGGAACGCCAUCAAAAAGCAGUAAACGUUGUACGUUUUUCACCUUCUGCUGAAAUUCUAGCCUCUGGUGACGAUGAAUCUGUAAUUAUAUUAUGGAAACAACGAGAAGAGUCUGAUCUCCCUAUGUUUCUUGGAGAGGAAAAUACUAAUAAAGAACAAUGGACAUCGUGGAAAGUUUUGAAAGGUCACCUCGAAGACAUAUACGACAUAUGUUGGUCUCCGGAUUCAAAUUCCCUUGUAUCGGGUUCCGUUGAUAAUACUGCCAUUUUGUGGGACGUACAGAAGGGACGAAGUACUAGCAUUUUAACUGAUUAUAAAGGAUUUGUUCAAGGUGUUGCAUGGGAUCCUUGCAAUCAGUAUGUUUGCACGUUGAGUACCGAUAGACAGUGUCGAUUAGUCGAUCUGAGUACGAAGAAAACCGUUCAGCGCGUAACUAAGGCAAAAAUACCGACACCUCCUGGACAUCCUCUUGAAGGAAAAAUGGUUCGUUUAUUUUAUGAUGACACAUUCAAGUCAUUUUUCCGCCGAUUAACUUUUACACCGGAUGGAUCGCUCAUUAUUGCUCCCUCUGGAAUUAUCGAGCCACAAGAAUCCGCGGACAGAAUCUCCAAUGCAACCAUCGUAUUUUCUAGGCACAAUCUCAAAGAGCCAAUUAUGAUUUUGCCAUCUUUGGAUGAAUCAACAAUCGCCGUUCGCUGCUGUCCUUUGUAUUUCGAAUUACGAGAGAUUGGACCCACUUCUGUGAUUCCGCUGCCAUACAGAAUGGUUUUUGCUGUGGCCACUCAACGAUCUGUUUACCUUUACGAUACACAGCAAAUUUCACCCAUAGCAGUCAUUUCCAACAUCCAUUACACGAGACUUACAGACGUUGCUUGGUCUUCAGAUGGAAAGAUUCUAAUCGUAUCAUCGACAGACGGUUAUUGUUCCAUAAUCCAGUUUCAGGACGGCGAAUUAGGAGAAAUUUACAAAGCACAAACACCUCCAGUCUCGAAAAAUGUAGAAAAACAAGUCAAAGAAUCUUCAAAUCACACAACCCCUACGAAACCUGCAACUCCGGCUCCCUUUAUUGAUCUAGAUAAUGAUGCAAUGGACGUAGACAUCAGCAAAUGUGAUCAGCUUCCAGCCCCGCCUGUCGAUAGGCACAAAUCUGAUGUGCCUGUAGAUUCUAAAUCAAGCAAGAAGGUAGAAACUGACGAUAAAAAAUUGGAAAAAGUUAAUGGCCAGGAUAAAACUAGCGACGCAAAAGUUAAUGGAAACGAUAUAUGUGAGGAUACUGAAGAUAUAAAAUUGGUAUACGAAGAAAGUAAUGCCGAGAGUGCAAAGACAAGCAGUAAACAUACACCGAAAAAAACUGAAUUACCUACCGUGAAAACGCCCCGCAGGGUGCAGUUAAUAACUCUUUCAAGUCCUAAGCAUUCUAAUAAGAAAGAGUAAUUAUUCUAGGUUUCAGAAUCAUUUUUAUAAUGCUAAAUUCAAUUUAAAAAAUUAUGAAAAACUUGGACUUUUUUGGCAUUUAUGCCUUUUCAAGCUGCCUUUUUUAUUACUCGCAAUUGAAACAUUUCAAUUCUAUCACAAGCAAUGAUUUAACAAUCAUUUAAUUGUAAAAAGUAGUUUUAGACAAUAUUAGUGUAUUGUAGCUUUAUAUUUUUGUAUUCUGGAUUCGUUGAUAGAUAGUUUAGUAAGUCCUAAGUGCCUACAAUGAUAGAUUUGAGAUUUUCUAGUUUUCAAAAUGUAUACAUUUAUCCGUUAAAAGCGUGUUUUAUCAACAAAAAUACGACCUUAUACAAUGGCCUUGGCAUUAAGUUAUUAUAUGUACAUAAAACUCAGACACUUCUUCAAAAAAUGUAAAUAUCAGAAAAGGAAAUAAAAUUGAUUCGCAAAGCUACCUACAUCA